GAAUGCGUCGUUCUGAGCGCGGGGGCUCUCGGGACUCCUCAAAUUCUCGAACGUUCUGGCGUUGGCUCUGCCACUCUCCUCCGGCAGCUUGAUAUCAAGGUCGUCAGUGACCUCCCCGGUGUUGGUGAGAAAUAUCAGGACCAUUUGUCCACGCUAUCUAUCUUCCGUGUUUCAAAUGAGAGCUCGACGCCUGAUGACUUUUUGCGUGGCGAUCUUUCCGCUCAAAAAGAGCUGUUUUCAGAAUGGGAGAUUUGCCCGGAGAGAGCACGUCUGUCAUCCAAUGCAAUCGACGCAGGCUUCAAGAUUCGCCCCACUGAAGAGGAACCUAAAGAGAUGGAACCCGAGUUCAACAAACUUUGGGGCACUUAUUUCAAGGACAAACCUGACAAGCCUAUCAUGUUUUGUGUGAUUGUUGCUGGAGCAUAUGCAGAUCACACUCUUUUACCGCCUGGGAAGUAUAUCACGAUGUUCCAGUAUCUUGAAUACCCCGCAAGUCGCGGCAAGAUUCAUAUUCAAUCUGCCAACCCUUACGCCGAGUCCUUCUUUGACAGUGGCUUCAUGAGCGAUAAAGCCGACUUCGCCCCGAUCAGGUGGAGCUACAAGAAGACCAGAGAAGUGGUCAGGAGGAUGGACGCUUUUCGCGGCGAACUGACUUCGCACCAUCUCCACUUCCACCCAGCGUCCCCGGCAGCAUGUAAGGGCAUCGACAUUCAGACGGCGAAGCAGAUCCUGCCGAAUGGGCUCACUGUCGGAAUACACAUGGGAACAUGGCACAGGCCCUCUGAGCCUUACGACGCAAGCAAGAUCCACUACGAUAUCAAAUACACGAAGGAGGACGAUGCUGCCAUAGAUGACUGGAUCGCCGAUCACGUCGAAACAACAUGGCACAGUCUUGGAACAUGCGCAAUGAAGCCUCUUGAACAGGGAGGUGUGGUCGACAAAAAACUCAACGUCUACGGCACCGAAAACCUCAAAUGUGUCGACCUCAGUAUCCGCCCUGGCAAUCUCGGUGCCAACACCUACUCCGCUGCCCUGCUCAUAGGCGAGAAAGCGGCGGAUUUACUUUGUGAAGAGCUUGGCAUCAAAGUAAGAAUUCCUCAUGCCCCAGUCCCACACGCCCCUGCCCUGCGAGGUGUUGCAGCAACCCAGGUUCGGUAA